AUGGCAGAAACCAAAUCGAUCUUCUCCGUAUCUGGUAGACGUCCAUCAGGGGAGAUCACCCAGGUUCACAAACCAACUAAUCCGAAGUCACCAUUGGGAGAGACUAGUCCAAUACAUAGGAAUGGUACAGCAGAUGUUGACUGUAUUUUUGGUAGCAUGCCGAACCCAACAAGUGUGUUAGAACAGCUUGGGUGUCAAGACACAGCAGCUUAUCAACGUGUUGGGUCUUCAUUUUCGCAUGUUGGAUCAGUGUACCAACGAAGUGUGUCCUGUUCAGUCCUUGAACACACCAAAGGCUGGGCUAGCGAUUUGAAAAGUAAUAAGGAAAAAUCUGUUGUUUCUAGCUCACAAAAGGAUCAAUCACAAGUUACAGGUACCUCUCCACAAGAACAAACACAAGUAAUCAACACUUCUUCACAAGGACAGAUACAAAAUACAAACGGUUGUUUACAAAGUCAAACACAUCAAUCUAGUUCAGGUUCUAGUGAGGACCUCUGUUUGCAGGGACACACAGCUUCAGUAGUAAGUAACGGCCUUCAGCAACAUAGUACAAGCAAACUUCAGACAAUUGAUAAUGUAAAUUUGGGAAAGGAAUCGAAAACCUGUAAUCAUCAAAAUGUGACGUUUAAAACAGAUACAGAAAUACAAAAAAAGGAUGUGUCUCUAACAUUGACCCUGGACAAUUUGAGAUGUGAACCAGAGACUGAAGGUAAGGUGACAAUGGAUUCAAGUGAGGAUGAGAAAGUGACAAAUGAAAGGAGCAUUACAUCAUCAGAUGGGGAUAAAUUCCCUUCCCCACGAGGUGGAGAGGAAGGACAGGUUUGUGGCAAGCCGCCACUCCCUGGGGGCAAGGUUAAGGCCAAAUCUUCAGCUUCUGGGAAACAAUCAUGGCUGCUGAGACUGUUUGAGUCUAAAUUGUUUGAUAUGUCUAUUGCUGUAUCAUAUCUUUUCAACUCCAAAGAGCCUGGUGUUCAAACCUACCUUGGUAAUCGUAUGUUUAGUUUUGAUGAGGCUGAUGUUGACUUCUAUCUGCCUCAGAUCCUCAACAUGUAUAUACACAUGCAUGAUGUGGCUGAGGCCCUCCAUCCUUACCUCAUUCACAGGUGUCGCUACAAUGUGGAGUUUUCAUUAAGAACAGCUUGGAUUCUGGGAGCUUUCUCGGCAGAUGUAUUAAAACCAUCAUGGAAAAAUUCUCAGGGAGUGAAACUGAAAAAUAUGAUACUUAAUGAAGAACUAAGGCCUCCAAAACCCCACAGUCAUAUUCGGACCUUGUCUAGUCUUCCAAGUCCAACUGUACCCCCAAGUCAGUUGUACCCAUCUUCUACGCCAUCACCUGCUGGUAAACAGAGAACACAUCACCGCUCGCGCUCAGAUGCUACAGGUAUUUACAUGAAGAGUACUCCGAGUAGCUCGUCUUCUAGCCUCAUGGAAACCCCGGGCGACUUGUCUACUGGUCACGCCUUCGACAAUGGCUGUACUUGUCAUCAGAGUUCAGAAGCCAUUGUCAAUGACCUGACUGGCCGAGAGACAUUGUGUCAUUGUGGGGCACCUCGUCUGGCACCAGAACUGGAGUUUGUGAAUGCACUGAUGAACAUUGGCUCCAAGCUACAGCUACUACCAACCAAGGAAGCACGAACUUCAAGACUGAUUGCAGAGCUUGCCAUGUUGAAUUUGAAUCUACCAGCACGGAUUUGGCUGCCUUCAGCUGACAACUGUAACCAUCAUAUUGUACGAAUACCACACACACAGGCAAUAGUCCUCAAUUCAAAAGAAAAGGCGCCAUACCUGCUCUAUGUGGAAGUGCUAGACGUAGAGAACGCCCAUACAUGCCAAGUCCCAGGUAAGAUCCUGGAGAAUACUCUACGCUUCACACGGUCAGAGGAGGACUUGAGUGCCAUCUGUGCUCGAGCUAACGGAGGUGGUAACUCGCCCUAUUCAGAGUUCUAUGUGUAUGGGAACAUGGGGGAGUUUGAUGAUGCUGAGUGCUGGUCACAGGAGGAUGAUGAUAUCCUACAGAUGCAGUUUACGGGUCGGUACAGGUCCAGUGACACCUUGUCACAGUUCUCUAUAGACAGUUCCACUAGUGCUGAUAGUAAAGAACCCGUCUACAUUGCUGCUGGUGAUAUAAGGAGACGCCUGUCAGAAAACAUUUCAGCUCCUAAGGGCAAGUUUGAGCGUGACCCCGAUGAUCCUUCCGCUGCAGCCCUUAAGGAGCCGUGGGAGGAAAAGGAGCAGAGGAUUCGGGAGAGUUCUCCCUAUGGCCAUUUACCUAACUGGAAGUUACUGUCUGUUAUCAUCAAGUGUGGGGAUGACCUUCGACAGGAACUUCUAGUCUAUCAAGUCCUUAAACAGCUCAAGACAAUUUGGGAACAAGAGCAUGUGCCUUUAUGGAUUCUGCCUUAUCACAUACUUGUCACAGCCAUGGACUCCGGGAUGAUCCAGCCAGUCACCAACGCAGUUUCCCUUCAUCAGAUCAAGAAGCAUUGUAAAGUGUCUCUUCGUGAAUACUUCAUUCGUGAGUUUGGUCCCCCAAACAGUGAAGAGUUCCUAACAGCCCAGAAGAACUUUGUCCAGAGCUGUGCUGGAUACUGCCUCCUGUGCUAUCUCAUACAGGUGAAGGACAGACACAAUGGGAAUAUUCUACUCGACUCUCAUGGACACAUAAUACAUAUAGAUUUUGGAUUCAUCCUCUCCACUUCACCUGGAAAAAAUCUCGGAUUUGAAAACUCGCCUUUUAAACUUACUCAUGAGUUUGUUGAGGUGAUGGGGGGUCUAGGGAGCGACAUGUUUGAGUACUUCAAGAUUCUCAUCCUCCAAGGCCUGGUGGCAUCACGGAAACAUAUGGAUAAAAUCAUCCUACUGGUAGAGAUUAUGCAGACAGGGUCACAGCUGCCAUGUUUCAGUAAGGGAGCCACCAGUCGGCAAAUGAAGGAACGAUUUCAUAUGAAUUUGACUGAAGAACAGCUUCAGUUGUAUGUAGAAAAUUUGGUAGAAUCUAGUCUACACUCACUGACCACUAAGUUGUAUGACAACUUUCAGUAUUUCACUAAUGGUAUCCUUUAGAAUAGUCACAUCAACAAACCUUGAUGGAGGAAUCUGAAUUAUUAUGAGAGAACAGCAUUGUAUGGAGGGAGGCAUCCUAAAAACAGAACAGCACUAUAUUGGGAGGCAUACUAUGUGUUGAGGAAGAGAACUAUGCAACUGAACAAAGUUGUGUGUGUAGGGAGGUAGCCUCUAUGACAGAAUAGCAUUGUGUCAAGAAAAGCAGUGUCUGAUGGUAGGCAUCCUGCACGACAGAAAAUGAUGUAAAAAGGGAGUGAUUUGCAACAACAGAACAGCAUCAUGUGGAGGGAGGCGUCAACAACAGAUUAGCCUUUUGAAUGUAUGGGGGUAUGCUGAAAAACAGAACAGCAUCUUUUCAUGGGAGGUACUUUGAAAGACGGAACAGCAUAAUUUUAUGCUCAUUGAGUAAUACUGUGACAGACAUUUUGGAUAUUUUUUCUUUACAUCUAAAUUUCCUGGUGUAUAAAAUUCAUGCUCGUUAGCUAGUGUUAUAUAUAUAUAUAUGAUACGGUGCUUUUUUAUUUUACUAGUCUGAAGUUGUACUAGUUAUGCUGACAGACCCUGGAGUUUGUAACAGAUACACUGCCUAAAGACUUGCUCAUGGAUUUCAAAAGCUAUGUACUGUUUUUUCUGUGUUAUAAGCUGCACCGGAAAUUUUUCUGAUUUCGGUCCACAUAUAAGCCAUAUUGGAAUAUAAGUCAUACCCUUUCUUAUGAAGUGGUAACCAUUACAUUGAACAAAGUUUGUUGAUGUAACAGACAACAGAGGGCAAAAUAUCAAGAUCAGAAAACGUCGAGUAGCAAAUUAUCUACGCACAGAUAGAGGUCCUAACAUUAUGUAUGCUUUACUAAACAAUCUCUCCAUCAGUGUCUGUACUGUUAAAUAUUAAUGAAGGCCCUUUCAUACAGACCAAAUUCUUAAACUUCAUAUUAUUUCUUCUUGUAAGGUGCACAAAGCCUUUUAUAUUGUAAACAAGCAUGACGGUCAUUCUAGAAUUUGACCUAUAACCCCAUGACCUAUCGAUCCAAGGAUGUAAAAGGCAAUUGUAAACUUACGCUAUGGCUUUGAAGUAACCGUGAAAGUCCAGAAAAUAAUUGUGAUUCAUAUUAAAAGGCAUGAUUAAUUAAAUCCACAAGAAUGUUAUUUGUAUUUCACUCUUCAAAUCAUCCUGUAUAUGAUUGCAAAUGAUGGCUCAAGACGAUCUGUUUCAGUAACAAACAUGUGACAGGCAGGUACUAAAAUACCACCUCAUACUGGUGUGCUGGUAUGCUUCCUGAUUUUUCCCCGGUUUUUUUUUCAUCCUGUCAAAUUUUUUGGCCACACCUGUAUAUAAGCCGCAUGCCUGACUCAAGAGGAAUAAAAGUGCAGCUUAUGAUUCGAAAAAUACGUUAAUUAAGUCCAUGAGAAUGUUAUUUUUAUUUCAAUCUUCAAAUCAUCCUGUAUACGAUUACAUAUGAUGGUUCUAAACAAUCUGUUUCAGUCAAUAAGAGAUGAUGGGCAGGUACUUGUAAAAAAACUCAAUACCGUCUCGUACAGGUGUACUGGUACGCUUACUGUUUUUUGGUCCUCAUAUAGGCCACACUGGUAUAUAAGAAAAAACGGUGCGGCUUAUAAUCUGGAAAAUAUGGUUACCUACAAAGAUUUAACUUAGGAGUCACUGUAAUGUAACUUCCUAAAUUCAAUGUUUUAUCUAUGUUUUCAGUCACAUUUCUUAAGUACUUGUACUAUUUUAAAUCCCAACUGUAUGCAGUAUUCAAUGUGAACAAUUGUGUUUCAGACACAAACAAUUGCACAGCAUCAAAUGUAGUGAAAAGAUCUGAGAACAAAAAGAAGAUUUUUCCUUUAAAGAGAUUUAUCUUUAGUAGUACAUACUGAAAAACAGUAGUUCUUCAGUUGUUUAAAACUAACAAUCAGUGUUUAUUUAUAGUUUAAUUAUGUAUUUUUGGAAAAUAGUACAAAGGAAGUUUGUAAACUGAUAUGUUUUGUUUGAAAACGGACCCAUAGAGACCUGGAUGGCUUUUGCGUAAGUGAUUGAAACAUUGGACUGAUUGAACCUUCAAGAAAAACUCCAGAUACAGAUUGGGACCAAGGCUGAACUAUGGAAUAUUUGACAUGUACAGAUUGAGAUAUCUAGCUGUACCUGUCUGAAACUAACUUGCUGAAUAUCAAUAGUUUUCAGAAUUUCAGCAUAAAGAAGGUUUGGUGCACACACAUAUUUCUAAAUGCAUAAUGCUAUUAAGUAUCGGAGUUAAAAGGUAUAUGUUUUUGGUGCAUUGCUUUACAUGAAAUUCCUUGACAUAGAUCAGUUCCAACAUCUGGUACAUGUUUGUUUGUGUAUCAUGGAAUAAUUCCAAACCACCUGAACUGUUUCAACCGGGUUAUGCAAAAGCAGUCCUGCAUUUUCCCAACAUUCCUGAAUGAUCUUGUGUAGUUGUGCAACCAUGGGCAUAAAUAACAAUACAGUUACCUCCCUUUUACUCUGUAAGGACAUUUUACUGUUAGAAUAUUUAUGUUUUUGGUCACUUGUUGAAGUGCUACAAAGGAUGUGCAUCUUUAAAAAUAAUUUGAAAGAUAUAUUGAUGAUUUUAUCAAUUGAUUUUGAGGUUGUCUUGUAAAAAAUGUCCAAUUUAUAAAUUUUCCUGCAAAACUAACUGCACUUUAAACUUACAUAUUGUUACGUUAAGUGUGAAAAAAUAGGGACAGUCCAGCUACAUAUAUACUCUUUUAUACAGAGAAGUAAAACCAAGCCUUGUGAAUUUCCAUCCAAUGUAGCUGCUGCUUACGUAAUCCUAUUUCCCAUGCUUACUUCAUAUUCUUAAAAUGUCUGUUGCUCUGUUUUUAACAAUAAGAUUUAAAAAUGAAAUUCUUCACAUCCUUAAAAUUUCAUACUUGUAAUUUUGCUCUAAAUGAGUUAAAAUUUAAUUUACACUUUUCAUUUCCAUGAUGGUGCUUUGAUAUUGAACAGUAACAUGUGUACG